GGAGGAGAAGCCUUGGUCUGGGCGUCUUGCAGAUUGCGGGGAACCGCCACCAUUCAGACUUGGUUCCCGUCCGCCGGUCUCGUUGGAGCCUUGCUAGAGGGUUGCUAGAGGCUUCCAGUCAAUCCACUGCCGCCUCUCCUGCUCCUCCCGCUCCCAGCCGUCCACGCUCGUGCAGCAUGUGGCAUGCUCUUGCUUGCCUGUCCCCCACAACUGCCACGAGGCCAUGUGGUUGACAACACCUCGAAUACCGAGGCUAGCCGGGGGAUGCCUAUCAAAGCCAUCAUCUGGUGGACCGCUUAUGAACUGCCCCCUGUCAGACAAAUUAUGCUGCCGGCCACCGGCUUUCGUGUGACCGGAUUAUAUCCCGGUGGAUGCAGUCUUGUGCGUUCUCGACCCCGUCCCGCUGAGCAAGACGAAAACUUAGCAUCUCGGCAAGUUUUUCUUCCUGUCUCGUGGGAAAUACGAAGGUUGGUGGCAAAUUCUGGGGGGAAGGGAUUGUCCAUGCCGUGGCCAACAUCAUGCCAUCUUAAAUCAUUCACGUCUCUUCUUCCUUUCACGCCAACGCAGCAUGCAACCAUCGGAGAACCCCUCUCGGGCCGAGACCAUGACGGACGGGAGGAAUCUGCAGCAAACAGGGGCAACAACAUGGCAAUCCUCGUUGUUGGUCGGUCGAUCGGUUGGUUGGGUUGGACGUUUGGAAUGGUUGCGUCUGCGGCCCGCCUGGAUCCCGUCCAAGUCCCGUCUGCAUCCCGCUCCUCCUCUGUCUCCCGACAUUCCGCUUUUCCAUCUCGGGUUACAACUAGAUGCGACCGCUGUGGCUAGCCCCGACCCUCCCACGUCAUCGAAACCCGACCGAAAGACGAUACCGCGAACCGAAGUUCAGGUGAGGGCACUCACCGACAUUGCUUCUUUCGGUCGAGAACCCAGGUCCGAUACGAUGCUUAUCGGUUUGAUAGACCACUGUCUGAGCACCCUCUCGACUCUGCCCUCAGCCCUGCCUCAAUUGUCAGUCAGAACAUGUGAAUCCUGUGACAAGCGAAGGAAGUACCACAACCUCCGUCUAAACUUCUAGAUCGGGAUCAUCCCAGCUUGGCUGCCCGAAUUCAUCCCUCCCAUCCCCUUGAGGCGAAGAGGGAAUUACCAGCACGCGGGGUCCUCUCUCGGCACGCUUUCACCAACACGGAAAGCUUCCCGAGCAGUUGGUUCUUCGUUCCCGAGACUUGGAGCAUACGCGGCAUGCAGGAG